CCAUCUUUGCUAGUUAUGUUCAUUUCCUCUGCGCUUAGUCACUCUGGCCGGGGGUGUCGUUCGCUAAUAAUCCUUGAUCAAGAGUUGGGAUUCGAAUGUACGAGCAUGACAAGGUAGCUUUCAUCUAAUUCUCGCCCGGCUCGACCCCGCUUUACCCACUUAGGCACGUCGGGCAACAUGCAUCGCUACCAGACAGUCGAUACUGCCAACAAUAGUAAUGUGUGGCAGCUUGAAGAAUAUGUGACCCAUCAUAGGCCGAUCCUUGACAGAGAAGCUUCCACCGCCAGCCUUGUCCCCAAACAAGGCAACAGCGAUAACAUUAUCGCAAGCAAGGGCAUCAACAACAAUGGAGCAGGAUAUCCCCUUCGUCGUUUCUACUUCCGUUCGAUAGUGGGAGUCGUUGGACCUAUUGCCGUGUCUGUCUAUUUCAUCACAAUCUGGCGUGUCUACCUAGCUUCCCUCAACACAAACACCACCGUAGCGUUCGGCCCAGCAGGUGCAAACUGGAUCUUUUACAGUUGGUUCGUUGCCGGUGUUAUUGGACUGAAUCUUAGCCUUUAUGGUCUGGCGGGCGUUGAGAUAUCCAUGCUGAUGGAGCCAGCAUGGAACGUCGGUAAUGCAAGGCGUUUGAUGCUCCACGCUGACAAGACAUGGUCUGGCCCGGGAGGCUGGAUGAAGGUGCUAAAGCAGACUGUGCAAAUGAGAACGACCAACAAUCAGAGCAUACUCCCAAGCCGACUUUGGUUUAUACUUGCGCUUCCGAGUGUACUUGUAUUCAUCGCUUGGCCGUUGUCUGGUCUAUGUCUAGAGAUGACAGAAGGCUAUGUUCACGGUACAAGAGGGGAUGGUGCAAAUGUCACUGGCUUUUCAUACGCCAACUUCAAUGAGCGGAAUACCGACGAUGCGUAUAGCGCUGCUGGUGUGACAUGGAAGUACGCCCUGGACGCCCGAAUCCCUGGACACGGCGCUGUGUAUUCGGCUCCAGAUUUUGACCGAUCGCAACAGAGCUUCUUGAGGAGUGUUCCAGUUGUUCUACCCAAAAAUGAGGGUAUUCAGAAGCUGUUCCUCACUGCUCAAGCUGAAGUUCCUAUUGAGGGCAACGCUUGGGGACUGCUGUUGCAAUACAACUGCAGCAUAGUUGAGAAAACAUCAGACUUGGAAAUCCUAAAGGAUCGCCAAUCUGCAUCAGACAAUGGCAUUCUCAAUUCAACUCUUGGGUUUAGAAGCUAUAGUGUACAGGGCAACCAAUCGUCUGUAACAGUACGCAAUUACACAGACACUUACUCAAGCGAACCCCGGUGGGCACAGAAUAUGUAUGCGGUCCUCGAAACUGCAUAUCAAAUUUGGCCCAACAAAUCCGCGAUGGACCGCCUGCAGUCGAGUGGCCCUAACGCAAUCUUCACAGAGGGAGCACAAUGCUACUACAACAAGAAUGAAAGUAUAACUGGUGACUACCCCGGUAUUAAUCAGGAGAGAGUUUUCGAGAUUAUACUGUGGCAGCAAAUGUUCAAUAGUUCGUAUGGUACCGGAUCUCCUCCAACCUACAAUUUUACAAUCGACCAUAACAUCACCGAGCUCCAUGGCGCCUACAGCUACGCGGAUUUCAAUUACAAAAACCCCCCCAAUGCAUCCGCGAACUACCCUCGUUUUCCAAUGACUGCGGUUGGAGUCAAAUGCAAAUCAAGUAGUAGCGUAGGAACUGCAGAUAUUGACGGAGUACGCUCAACCUAUUCCAACUUCGUGCGCACCGACACUCCUAUCAACGUCCAGCGCUCGCGAUGCGCCUCGCGUUUUGGUGCAGAAACGCUUGAAUACCUCGUGGCACCAUAUUCGAACAAAGAAUGGCUAUCCGACCUUUUCUCGUCGGUCGCCGCUCCACCACUUUUCUAUGCGUCCUAUACAGACGACCCGGACGACGUUGACGCAGGAACCGGUUACAUGGUGCAGCUUAGCUACCUGCAAGCCUCGCAGCUCAGACAAAGCAUGCUGCGAGCCUACGCCGCCUACGCAGUCCAAGUGAUGUACAACGGAGGCCAGGGAUUCACAGCCCGCGACGGAAGCCACGUUACGUCCCUCAAUCCUAACAUCACGUCCUUCGUCUCCAGUCCCGUUAUCAAGAAAGGUACGAUGCCUGCUGGCCUCCCGGUCGCGCUGUUUGCGAUGUGGGCGGUGAUGAGUACAACACUCUGCGUCAUGUACGGGUUCCGAAGGCGCUGGAGCGAAGUUCUCGACGGACACACUCUGUUCAGACUAGGUGUCGAUUUGCCACAGAGCGACCGCGAUGCAGUUCAGCAGUUCAGCAGUGCACAGGAUAUUGUAGCUUGUUCGGCAUUGGGCGACAUACCUGGACUUGUUGGCGAUAUGGAUCCAGGAAAUGCCGUGGGGAAAAUUGGGUUGGUGGCGCGAAAUGCUGCCGACAAGGCCAAGUUGUAUCAGUGAGGCAUAUUCAGCAUAUUGGUUCUUGGUUGAUUUUUUGAAGACAUUUCUUGAAGCGAGCGAGCAAGCAAGCACUUUUUCACCAUGUUCCUUUUUUUUCUUUCCAAAUGUUCCAGUUAGUAUUCCAUAAGGCACAUAGAUGAUUUUACUCGUAAAAUGAGAUUUGAUAGGUCAUAAU